AUGAUACAUCAAAUGUUAGUUCCUGUGGAAAUUCUCGAUGUGAGAAUCGACAUUUCGCUUAAGUGUAAUAAGUGUGGAACAGUUAUUAAAAAACUGACCAAAGAAAAUGAAGUCGCGAGAUGCAACAAAUGCCAAUCCAAGUCGAAAGAACGUUCAGAAGCGUGCAAGAUGAAAGUGAAUGUGAUCCAUUCACAAAACUAUUUCGAAGUUGAUUUGAGUUUUCAAGCGAUAACUCAGUUUGUUAAAAACGUAGUCAAAUUCCAAGGAAAAGCUCGGUCUGAUUGGAUAAAUAUCAACUUGGAGAGUUACUGGCCAACUUGGAGGAACAAAAAAGUUGAAAUGAUUCUCUGUCUGAGCGACGAGAAAUGGAGUUGUAUUGGAAUAAAAGAAUUGGAAGGAAAUUUCAAACCAGUGCGAAAUCUACAAAGUCAAGAAACUAACGGAAGAGCUUCAAGGCGAGACGAGGAUAUUGGUUUUGAGGCCAGAGAAGUGAAAGAAGAAGAAGUAGCGGAGCCAGUUGAUGGAUCUCUUCUGAAUGUUCAAGGAGAGAAACGAGCGGAAGGACGUGAAAAGAGACAUGAGAAUGGAAGUGGAAUGAAAGUUGAUGGAAUAAACGAAUUGGAAGAAGAUAUCAAACCAGUGGCAAAUCCACAAAUAUCGGACAUUAACGGAAGGGUAUCUAGACGAGGCGAGGAUAUUGUUUUUGAGGAUAGAGAAGUGAAAGUAGAAGAAGUAGAGGAGCCAGAUAAUGGUCUUCGUCAGAUGGAGAAAAACGUCAAUGUUCAAGGAGAGGAACAAGUGGAAGGAGGUGAAAGGAGACACGAGAAUGCAGGUGGAAUGAGAGUUGAUGAGGCUGUUGUAAGAAAUAAUCAGAGAAAAAGAGGUGGAGAAAGAGAGCGUCCGGUUUCUCCAAAAAUCGAAGAUGUUGAAUUCGAAGAGGACGUGGAGCAACAACGAAUUCCGGAAGAUUUCGAUGAUGGGGGACUUCGCGGAUAUGAUGAUAUGGACAUGGAUUAUGAUGAUUUUGAGGAAGGAGAAGGAAGACAACGGAAUUUUGUAGAUUUUGAUGAUGGAGAUCUCAGUGGUGAAGAUGACAUGGAUAUGGAGUUGGAUUUGGUGAGAGAUAAUAGAGAUAAAGAAGAAUUAUCAAAUGAUAGUAGAGAAAAACACGAAGAAUCAGAUACCGACGAGGGAGAAGAAAGUUCCGGAGAGGAUUCAGACAGCGAGCAAGAAUUAGAAGGAGAUGAUGAAGAUGAGAAAGAGGAAGAUGACAGCGACGAGAAGCCAGAACAGAAGCAAACGAAGAGGAGAUCGGCGAAAGCAGUCAUACCCAAGACUGUACACAAGAAUGUUCAAUUGAAGAAGAAGAACACUACGGGACCUCGUAUAUUUUUUUUUGUUAAUCAGAAAAAAGUGCUCAAUGUUGAGUUCAAAAGAAAGGAGUAUCCCAGUAAAGAAGAAUACGAAAGAAUCGCCAAGAAGACAAAACUAACGGUAAAACAGGUGAUAAGGUGGUUCAACGACCACAGAUAUAUGAAGAAGAAUCCUGGAAGGAAGAUAAAUAGAGGAAUGGGGCCAAGAAACCGAUUUGAUGACAGACAGGUAGCGGUCUUGAAUCGAGCAUUUGAAAGAAACCAAAACCCAAAUAAGGAACAACGUAAGCCACUCGUUGGAAAAACAGGACUCACUGACGAUCAAGUGAGAAUGUGGUUUCGGCACCGACGUGAAUGUCUUACUCAGUAA